CGCAAAUACGUAUGACUCUCGCGGGUUUGAUUGUGCAGUGGCGGUUCGUUUGGAAAGUCGACCUAUUCCUCUUGCGUUAACUUUACCAGGUUAGAAACGUUGAACUUCAAGGAUCCUGUGAUGUCAUCUCCUGUGCAGCCGUAUCCGCCCUCUGAUUGGAUGGGGCACAGUUUGGCCACGCCCUGCAGCAGUGUUAGCUCCGCCCCCCAACAUCUAGACUCCUCCUUCUGCUCGGAGUUCAGCCCCCUGCCCCCCUCCCCUCCCCCCACAGACACACACACACACACACCCAGGAGCCUGGAGGAGAUGCUGCAACACACACAGGACCUGCCUCUUCCCCUCAAACUACAACAGCUCAAGCAGUGGCAGCAGCACAUGCAGGAACAGCUGAAGGCCCAUCAGAGGGAUCAGCAAAGACUUCUGGGAAUGGAGCUGGCAGAUUACCCAGACUCCCCAGUGCUGAGGGGGAGUGGCUACCCAGAGUCCCCAGUGCUGAGGGGGAGUGGCUACCCAGAGUCCCCAGUGCUGGGGGGGAGUGGCUACCUGGAGUCCCCAGUACUGGGGGGGAGUGGCUACCCAGAGUCCCCAGUGAUGGGGGGGAGUGGCUACCCAGAGAGGGGGAGUGGCUCUGCAGCUGCCUGUCCUUUGCGUGCAGCUCCGUCUUUUGAGACGGACACACAGGAGCCAUGGACUCUGGAGGCAGACAGCUCCAGCUCCAACAACACAACUCCCCAGGGUGAUUCUCAGCCACCAGAGCCGACACAAGGGACCCCCACACAGGACAGGCCCAUUAGGCCUGGUGUAGGACGGAGAGUUCACACAUUUGAGGAACUUCUGGAAGAAGAGCUGAAGAUGGAGCAGGAGAGACAGAAGGGAAAGGCCCCCGUGCUGGACCAGAGUGUGCCGGGCCCUAAGCGCUCGUUCCUGCGUAAGGGAGAAGGCCUGUCCAGGUUCCACAGAACCUCAUCAAAACCCACCACACAGAACCGCAGAGAACCGCUGGCCAGGCAGAGGGAACCCCAACGGAACGAGCCGAGACAGACCCGUCCCAGACCCCUGGAACCCAGCACACGAGGGCACAGCCAGCACACACUCCAGAACACACACCACCAGCACCAGCACCAGCACCAGCACCAGGACCGGGACCGGGACAGAGCAACUAAGCCCAGACCCGGCAGCACUGCUGCUAGAACUUUCCAGCGCAAGACCGCCUCCCUGGCCUCACACACACAUACACAGCCAUCACACACACCCACCCUGCCCUCACACACACAUACACAGCCCUCACACACACAUACACAGGCCACACACACACCCACCCUGCCCUCACACACACGCACAGACACACACGCACAGCCCUCACACACACACACAGACACACACGCACAGGCGUCACACACAUCCAAGCGGUCUCCCUGCGGUGCUGCCGUUGCCAUGGAGACGUCGUUUGAGGUGUGGCAGCGCGAGCGUCAGCGGGAGUGGGCGGAGCUAGGCGAGUUUGAGCUGCUGGAGGUGGCGGCUGAGGAGCUGUCAAUCACCUCUGGCUCCUCCUCCAUCCUGCACACACACACACGCCGCCUCUCCUCCACACCCAUCAAAGCACACACACACAGCGCCGUCAACACACACACACACAGCGCCGUCAACACACACACCACUGACUCACCCUCCAACGCUGGAUACACACACACGCCACACACACUCCCUAGAGGUGCAGACACGGGCGGAGCUGAGCGGGAGGAGGGUGGGGAGGAUGACGGCCCUAGUGGUGAUGAACAGAUGCAUGAUGAAGAGGAGGAGGAGGAAGAGGAGGAUGACGAGAUUACUCGGGUGGCCCCCAACAGCCAUUGCCUGCCCGUGACCACACCCCCUUAUGAUAGAUGCACCUAUCAGGAGCCAGAAGGGGCGGGACAAGGAGAGGAGUCGGCAGCUUUAAGUGACGGGGUGGAGGUGGAGUUUGAUGAUGAUGACACUUGGGCAGAUAUUUCCCAGGAUGCACUUCAGCCACAGAAGACACUGCGGAGGAAGGUUGCCACGACAACAGGCGUGGAGUGGGUUUCGUCGGAAGACGAUCAGAAAGAGGCUCGCACACACACUCUCUCACACAUACACUCACACACACACUCGCACACUUCCCAGCUGGUCGCCAAGCUGUUUCCUGCCCUGCAGCCAAAACCACACCCCUCACACGUCACUCAAAACAGCCCUCAGCCAAUCAGGAAACAGGAGAGUGAAGGUGUGUGUGAGGUGAUGCGUGAUCGUCUUGUGCAGCUGGAGCUGGAGAUCGAGCGCUUCAGAAUGGAGACGAAGGAGCUCGCACACCAGAGGAGCAACCUCGCUACACACACACAGGAGUUACGGAGGGAGAGGGCGGAGUUUGAGGCGCAGCGGUCGCGGGCGGAGGCUGAGUGGGCGGAGCUAAAGCAGGCGGAGACGAGGAAGCUGCAGAGGGACCGCAGAAUGUUCCAGAAGCAUUCCGCCAGCGCCCGCCACACACACACCUCCGCACAGAGAGAGGAGCUGCAGGUGCUGAAGCAGCAGUUGUGUGAGGUGCGGGAGGAGUGUGUGCGUAAGGAGCAGCGAUGGAAGAGCACACACACGCGUCUGCAGCAGCAGAUACACACUCUCACCGCACACAACCAGGAGCUGCAGCAGCAGAUUCACACGCUGGAGAACCUCCGACUCUCACGCUGGAGAUCACACACACACACACACACCUCCGCACAGAGAGAGGAGAGCAGAGCCACACACACACACACACACACACACCCCUCCACCUCCGCACAGAGAGAGGAGAGCAGAGCCGGGGGGAGGAAGAAGACCAAGGAGAAGGGAGAUGAAGAAAGACCAGGCGGCGCACAUAGUCCAAAGAGUAACAGCAGAAGCUCAGAUAACAGCAGCCCUGAAGGAAACAGACGAAACUCAGGAAGUCCCACAUCUGGUGUUGAAGUGACGCAUACUGGGCAUGUCCGCGAUGAUGUCACACAUACUGGGCAUGUCCGUGAUGAUGUCACGCAUACUGGGCAUGUCUGUGAUGAUGUCACGCAUGCUGAACUAAGUGCAGUGCCUGCAGUGCAACUUGCUAGCCAGCAGGAGGACGAGAUCACACACCCAGAUGGAAAGGUAGAGCGAGUGUUUACAGAUGGCAGCAGGUUGCUGGUCUUUCCUAACGGAACACAGAAGCUGCUGUCUACUGACGGUUCAGCCAAAGUCACUUUCUUCAACGGAGACAUCAAGGAGGUCUGCCCAGACCACAGAGUAGUGUACUUUUUUGCAGAUGCACAGACAACACACACAACCUUCCCCGACGGCACCGAGCUGCUGCAGUUCCCCAACAGUCAGACAGAGAAACUGUACCCGGACGGGAGAAAAGAGAUUGUGUUUCCUGAUCAGACCAUGAAGACACUUUACCCUGACGGCAGGGAGGAGAGUGUCCUACCAGACGGCACCAUAAUCCGCCUCAAUACGGGCGUGCGAGAGGUGGUGUUUGUGAGCGGUGAACGAGAGGAGCACGCAGCGGAAUGGCGUCGCCGUAUCUAUGGAGACGGAACGGUGAAGACCGUCUACACGGACGGGCGGCAGGAGACGCACUACGCCAGCGGCCGCCUGCGCAUCAAGGACCCGCAGGGACGCGUCGUCAUGGAUACACACACACCCUGACGUGUUCCACACACAGCCGCUGAAAAUCAGCUACUGAGAUGUCAUGUUUGGAAUGAAGACAUCUCUUAGUGUGUGUGAUGAUGUCAUGUUUGGAAUGAAGACAUUUCUUAGUGUGUGUGAUGAUCUUGUGUUUAUAUUUAUAUUUGUGUGUGUGUGUGUGUGUGUCUGCUAUUUAUUUUGCCUUCAACAUGUUGAUUGUU